CUCACUUGCCUUCCCGCUCAGCGUCAGCGCUUGACUCUUACUCUACUGCCUUCAGUGGCGUGGCAGCCGUCGUGGCGUAGGGCGUGUAGGACGUUGUGACUCUCCCAGUCUGCUCUCGCGCCACUCUCAUGGAAGGCAGCCACAACUGUGAAAAGAACAAAAGGCAAUAUCGAGUCAUUAUUUUUCUCGAAAUAACUUUGAGGAACCAUUCACUGUGUCCCUAAACGGCGAAAGAGACUGGCAUGCCAGAUUACUUAGCCGAAAUGGGUGUCAGUGUGCGAUAACUUAUCACGAGUGAAAAAGACAACAGCUUUUAAGUCAUUCACUGCCAGAAGCAAUGAGUGUGUUCAUUCAUGAGUUGUGGUGUAGUAAGUGCGGGUAAGCUUUAUGUGUACAUUUCACUCCCUGGAGGGAGAGGAAGUUACGCCAAUUCAUUUGUUUCUUUAUUCAAGGAAAAAUUGUGCUGGUGUUUCCUCUGUCAACUACAAAAGUUUGUUCUCCCACAACAUAACGAUACGUCAGUUGGACCCAAAAGACCUCGUCGGUAAAGGAGCUGAAGAUGGUCCACACGAUAUUCGAGCUUCUGCCUCACAAGAAUUACACCAUCCUCCAAGACGCCGAGUUUUUGCCACAAAAGGUGUGGCUGUACCCGGAAGAAGGAUGGGCGAGAGCCUCCUGCAACAGCCACUGGCUCCUGAAGACGCCUUGGUGGUCAAGGAGGCACUGCUGUAUACUCGAAGUCGAAGGCACCAAAAGACACAAGACGGUGGCGAAAGUGUUGCCGACGCGAGAGGGCGAAGUUGUGGUCGAAGGCACCUUCAGGGGCUUGGUGGACGGUGACUUCCGACUGGUCUUGACCUCGACGCUGACCCCGGCUGACCAACGACGGGGUUACCACAUGACGGGCUCUUUGGAGAGAGGAGACAGGAAGCUCGGCAGGUGGCAGACGACCCACCUGGCAGUCACCAAACGCUCUGGAUUUUCCUGACCUGGAAGAAGAGGACAGCGAACCAAUCGGGAAAAAGAAAAGUCUCCCAAUGUUGGGGAUUCGAGGCUUCACUGCGUUGCUCCGUAACUCCUGGAAGUUGUAAGGAGCUAAGAAUAGGCAAAAGGAAAAUAAAGACGGAGAAUGAUAAAUACACCUACUGGGAAAGGUGCUGGAAGGGGGUGGGAGGGAGUGGAUAUGAGGAACCGGCGGUUCAAAAUGUAAAUUUUUUACAGAAAAGGAGUUGAGUACGAAGAGAAUAGAGUCUGAAAACUAACGACCCUAUCAUCACUCGAGAAGCAGAUAUAGCAAAAGAAACUAUUUUGAAUUAGAAGUCUUUAGAUUAAUUGACUUACCCAGCCAGUCCAUAGUAAGUGAUAGUUAUGACCCAAGAGCAAGAAAUAGACCGAUACGCUCUUCUAAUAAUCUUAUUGAAUUACUAUGCGCUCUCUCAAGUCCCGCAGUUAAGUCUCAUCCAUGCAUCCAUUAAAAUCUUUGGAUGAUAUUUCGGAUGAUGAAUUUCGUUGUGGGUCAGAAAGCAAUUCUCGAAGGCAUGGAUACAUAUUUUUUUUUUUUUUACGAAUAUAUGAUUUCAAGAAGUGAGGGACACUCCCUACUGGUGAAUUGUGGUAAUGUCCUUAAACUGAAAUGACAUCUUAUAAUUAUAGACAUAUGAUGCAAAGAAAUUAAGAGUUACGAAUAAUGGUAAUGAUGUUCAGAAGCAUUUUGGGAUGCAGUGAAGAUUUAGAUCCAAAUCUUGAAAAUAUUAGCACUUAGAAUAAUAACGAUAAUGAUAUUUUUUUCGCCGCGAAAUCCAACCUUGGCUGACACCUCGAGAGUGUUGGUAAUGACCUUGCAAACUUCCCAACUUAGAUCAUAAGUGGUUUUCGAGUAACAGGAUUUCACCGAACUUCUCAUUGUUUUAGGACGUAGAUUUCUAGUAACAAUAGUGGGUUUUAGUCUCCUGCUACUGCGACCGCGCCGAAGACCUCAUUGUUCUUGUAAAAAAACAAAAGCAUUCCGUUGAAGGAGAGCGAACGAAAAGUGCAAACAACGUGAAAAUAUAAUCGCGUAGGGAAACGCAGUGAGGAAGAAACUCGAACGAAAUAAGUGUAGCGAAAAGGUCCAUAACUAAUUAGAAAAGUAGGCAUUAACAGCGCUUUCCAUCCUAAUUGCUAUGCUGAACAGCUCCCGCCAGACUCCCUCGAAGCCCGCCACUCACUUCAACCCUCUCCUUCCUUCCUUACCCAACCGCGUCAGUCCAUCGCCUUGAUCUCCGUAAAUUUCGUUUUGCAACAGCAAUGCAAGUGAUAGAGCUAAAGACACUGUAAGUGUAAGUGAUAGUAGAAAAUAUUAUAUAGUAUAUAUAUAUAUAUAUAUAUAUAUAUAUAUAUAUAUAUAUAUAUAGAUAUAUGUAUAUAUAUGUUUCCCCAGAAAGAGGGUGGCUCAAGAAGAAGAUAAAAACACUAUUCGCUGCCCUGUUAUCGCCUGAACUGCCCUACCUCGUUAGGAUCUUCACUCACCCACACAACAGGCUCAUUAGCAGAGUUUCGAACCUACACACACACACUGCACCACCAAUCAUCUCCAUCUUUCAGCUCUCUUAUGCUUCCUGGAUAUCAAGCUUAUCAUUUCUAGCAUCUCUUUUACGACAUCUAGUCAAUCAUUUCUAGGUCUUCCUGGUACUACUCCUCCCCGUCACCACUUCAGAGAUGUACCACACCCUUUCCACCAACCUGCCAUCCUCCACUCUUCUCGCACGACAAAACCAUCUUAAAAUACUCUUCUCUAUUCUGUCACUCUUGCAAAACGUUUUACCAUUUCUACAUUUAAUCAGGUCUUCCAUCCUUUCAGUUAUUCUUAUACUAUUUAUGCCACACAACCGUUUUAUUAUAACACCUGUCUCUCGUUGGCAAUCUUUAGCACUUGCUGUACGACUUUCCGUGCUUUCUUUAGUCGGUGACUCAGCUAUUCUCUUAUCCUACUUUCAUUCGUUAUAUUUACUCCCAAAUUGUACACUUUGACUUUUUCAUUCUCGAAGCGUGUGUUUUUUUUUCUUCUUCUUCAAAACUCUGACAUGGCGUCUGAGUUCUUUUUAAUUAAAAAUUUAUUUACGGCAUCACUCCAUCCGUAGAGAUGUUCUUCACGAAACAUACUGUACCCUUGUCUUAGACCCACGUAACCCUCGUAAGUUGUAACACACUCUCGCUUCCAUCAUCAGCUUCAUCAAAAAGCUUUUAACCUAUCUCAGCAACUUGCUUUCUGUAUCAUACAUUCUCAACAUCCCCACAUUGCCUGUCAAUCGAUUUUAAAGUCAAGUUUUUCUGUGUCCACAUAUGCCACAAACAGGUUCUUCCUUUGUUCGCUACUUUCAAACUUCCGCCAUCAUUACUUUCAUACAAAGGAAUGAUUAUUUCACUUCACGUAUUCCCUCAAAGCGUUUCCCUUAUCCUUCUGUCUUUCACAUUUGAUAAAUCUCCUAAAUACUCGGUUGACGUAGGACUAAUUUCACUUCAAACAGCAACUCUCCAAUUUCAUCUUGUAUUCUGAGAUACAUUUGCUUAUCAAUCUUGCCUCUUCGUGCAUUUACUCCAAGGACUCCAUCCUCACCAUUGGCUCCAUUUCUGCCUCUGUCGACUCAAAUGCAAUUAGAUCAUCAAGGCCAGCCACCCUCUCAUAUUCCCCAAAUCCAGACAUGAUCAGAUUCAGAAUAUCCCAACAAACAUCCUCACGGUUAUUCUUUUCCAUUCCUGGCCUAUACAUACUCGCUAUUGUAUUGUUCAUUAAUGCAUUUGUAUACGAGUGUGUGUGUGUUUGAUCAAGAUACCAGGGAGAAUUUCUAGACAUCUGAGAAUGGCUUCACAUGUGCUAGAAAAACAUAUGUUCUCACUUUUGUUUUAUGCUCAGUAUAUCCAUCAGAAAACCGUCUUGAUAUCUGAAGGAAGGAUAAUUCUAGAAUGCAUGAGCCUAGGCCAAAAAUAUUUAUCCUCCGAACUGCCUUUUUUUUCUUUCUUUUUUUUUUUUUGGCUUGGCUUACCACUAGAAAAAGUUCCCCACACUCUUUCCUAAAAAUAAUUUUCACAACUUAUUUUCAAGCCGAGACUGUGUAGGGAGUGCUUUUUCUUAAACGACUGCUUUUUGAAAGCAAUUACAUAUCUUUUCUAGAUUAUCAUGGAUAUUCAGUGGCAGUAACCUUUUUUUGUAGUCGAAAAAAGCUUAACUGCACUUACGUAUCCUCCUCAUGUAAAGUAGAUAGAUCAGUUAGUUCUGCACCAAAUUUGCCUUUAUUUACAUAAAGUUGCUCACUUAAACAACUCGAUUCGUGAUUGACAGAAGUCAAUGUGUGAACAUACACGCCUAUAUCCAUGUGUCUAUGUACCCAAGUUUUCAAGCAAAAUCAACAUGUGUUAGCACACUCGCGGAAACACGCUUAUGUACAUUCACAGUGAGAGAGAGAGAGAGAGAGAGAGAGAGAGAGAGAGAGAGAGAGAGAGAGAGAGAGAUAAUUGACGGAUUGUCUGUCGUUACGCUAAGCUGGCUGCUGAUGAGCCUUGUGUACGUUUGUGGAAUGACUAAUGUUGAGGAAAUUUUCAGUUUAAGGGUUAUGCUCGAUUGAAGCAGUGUUAGGAUGGAAGUGGCAGUGUCAUGCGACUUUUUUUUUCUCAGCAGCCACCCUUUGUGUGGGAAACAGUCUAAUACAUACAUACAUUAUAUAUAUAUAUAUAUAUAUAUAUAUAUAUAUAUAUAUAUAUAUAUAGAUAUAUAUAUAUAUAUAUAUAUAAAACCUCAUUAAUUACAGGUACGCAAAAAAGUGCUACAUUUAGCAUCCUUUUAAGGAAUUAGCCGCUUAGUAAAAUAUUAGGCAAAAACGCUUAACAAAGGUGGACAACAAUUGUUUUCAUUCAGUGAAUGAGAUAAAACACCGAUAAAUAAAUGAACCGCUGUGAUAUUUAGCAUGUUUGUUAACGUCUGAUCUUGUCCCAAUGUUCACAAAUGAUGGUGAUUCCUUUCCGUCGGGAGGCGCCAUCGUCGUCGAUCACUCGCGUAGCUACUUUCGUUCACGCGCUCUGACGCUAAACUCUUGAUUUUCUCUUGAAGCAGGAAACUGGAGGCUGGAGAACCUUGACUUGCAAUCAACAGAUGGCUGUGAAAGGAGUUUAAUCUUACGCUACUCAUUGUUUAGAAGUAUUUUCCUAUCGUCAGAGCUUGUCCUAAGUCAGUGAUCUGUUUCCAGCUUCAACGGAAAAGGGGUUCAGCAUCGUCAGAACUUCCCGUUCACAAAUAGUGGUUUUCUUUUUUUUUCCCGGGAAAAACUACAGCAACAGUGCGUAGCCACUUGUUUUUUUUUUUUUUUUCAAUAUCAUUACCUCUGUCCUCAUUAACUGUUGGGAGCACUAGGUGAAAACUCAGUUUUAUGAGAAUGAAUAAUUUGAUAAUAAACGACGCCCCCGCUAAGAGAAAAUCUCAAAUCCGAAGACGAUGGUCAAAAUAAUUGCCAAGGGGAAACUCACGUUUUCUUUGAAAUAGACCAGUAGCAAAACCCGACCCGAACGCCAGUAAAAAAUCUCCUUCUUUCAUCACCAAUAUCAAAGUAGACAUGAGUUGUACCUCUUUCAAUCUACCGGAGCAUCGCUGUACUUCAUGUUCGUCGAAGGCUGGUGGCACAAUUAUAAACAAGUGAAAAAUACGCCUAAGUUUCCUAAGCGCCAUCGAGUUUUCUGUAAUGCAUACAAUGCUGAAUGACCCGCGCCCCAUGAGACUAUCAGCCACGGUCCUGUGGGGGGCCUGUCCUCUACCGUUGCCAGACGCACGAUCAUGUCUAAAUUUAACCUUAAAUAGAAUAACUUUUUCUGUCCUCACUUUUUCUGUCCGCCCUCAGAUCUUAAAAGCUGCUGAGGCUAGAGGGCUGCAAUUUGGUAUGCUUGAUGGUUGGAGGGUGGAUGAUCAACAUACAAAUUUGCAGCCCUCUAGCCUCAGCAGUUUUUAAGAUCCGAAGGCGGACAGGAAAAGUGAUGACAAAAAGUGCGAACGAACAGACAAAACCAUCUCCAUAAUUUUCGUUUACAGAAAACUAAGAUAUGUAAAACAUCAGCUCCUUUGCGAGAUGAAAGAGAGAGGACGAGGGACUUCAUACCUGGUUCGUUUUUUUCCUUUUCCAUCCAGUGGGAUUCAAAGAGGCAUCCGCUCCCGAGUCAGCAAUAUCACAACGUCGUUCCCAACAUGAGAUUAACUUUGUUCUUCAGCAGUUGUUUUGUCUUUGUUAUUGUGUUUACUUUCGUUAGUUUUCCCAUGUUUCCGUUAAUGUUGUGAUUACGAUACAUCCCUCCAAAAAAAAUUUUUUGGUCCUAUACAUGUUAUUAGUGUAUAUUUAUAAUUGAUCACCUAGAUCAGAGCCACUUUAUAAAUAAACAAAUAAAGAUGAUAAGAUAA